UUGAUUGGUUGGUUAGCAAACUGAAGCUGUUGGAACCACGUAAGGCUGCUGGUUGUAUGAAGCGUCUGAUUGUCCAAAGCCAGCUGAUGGUGCGUCAAAAUUCAGUUAGUACCCAGGAAAGUCAGCCUCUGGUGUCGGAUGGCAACCGCAACCAACCACGAUGGCGUUCGACGUCAAACGACGCUGUUACCUGUGGUCUCUGUGGCCAGCCAACUGACCCUGCUGAUUGGUGGUGUCAGCAUCAUCGACUUCCAUAUCGCCGUUAUUGCUGCGGCAAUGGGCCCUGCCCGCUGUGUGGAGAAAAUAUUCAGGCGCGUCCACCAGCUGCCGGCCAGUCCACCUACCGGUCAGCUGAACGAGCUUGCUUUGAUGUUGAUCAUGAUCGGUCCAUGGAGGACAAGCCGAGUCUACCACGCUUGUUAUUCAUGGAAAGGGUUACGCUCUUCAGUGUGGACUCGAGUACUCGUUGCAGGUGGUGUAGUCACUGUUGGUGUAACUGCAUUGGCGCUACCAGUAUUUGCCUCUGAAAUGCAAGCACAUCCAGCUGCACUCCCUUGGUGCCACAAUGGUAUCCUGUCAACUUAUGAUCAUGCAGCCGUAAGGCGUGGGUAUCAAGUCUACAAGGAGGUGUGUUCUGCUUGCCACAGUAUGCAAUACCUUGCUUAUCGUCACUUGGUCAACGCGGUUCUCACGGAAGAUGAAGCCAAGGCUGAUGCUUCGGAAAUUCAAGUGACUGAUGGGCCCGAUGACAAAGGUGACAUGUUUCAGCGUCCUGGGCGCCUCUCUGACACCCUUCCUUCUCCUUACCCAAAUGUCGAAGCGUCCCGUGCUGCGAAUAACGGUGCCGCCCCACCAGAUUUGACUUAUGUUGUGAAGGCUCGCCAUGGAAAGGAAGAUUAUGUCUUCCAUCUAUUAACCGGCUAUUGUGAACCUCCUGCUGGCCGAAACGUUGCCGAAGGCCAGUACUACAACCCUUAUUUCCCAGGUGGAGCGAUCAGUAUGGCUCGACCGCUGUAUGAUGAUAUGAUUCAGUAUGCAGAUGGAACACCUGCAACAACCAGUCAGAUGGCCAAAGAUGUUGUGAGCUUUCUCUGUUGGUCCUCCGACAGAAACCAUGAUCAGCGCAAGCGGUUUUUGUUCAAGGCUCUCAUCGUCAUGGCUAUAGCAGUAGCUGUUGUGGGUGUAGCCAAACGGAAGCGUUGGAGCAAUAUAAAGUCACGCAAGCUUGUGUAUAAGAACCGCCCCAUGCCCAAGGAUGUUUGACUGACUGACUUUCUUAGCACGUUUUUCUGCUCCUUUUAUUGUCUCGCACCUCUUUGUUCCCAGGCCGUCUACCGCUCCCACUCAACCGUUCUGUCCCUUUCUUUCCCAAUGGUGGAUAUGUGACUGUUUCUUCGCUGGUUUCUGUCUACUUUCAGAUCUUCAGUUGCAGGCACGCAUUGUUCUCCCGUUUUUAUACGGCCAAGUUUCUGUGCUUUUGUUCUAAGCACUGCCCCACUGCAAAUGAGUACUUUAGACUAAUGCGCUAGGAAAAACAUAGACAACCGUGA